AGCAUGUCGAGUGAUAGCAUGAAACCCCCAAUUAUCUCUCUCUCUGUCCCACGUACCAGCGAGCAGUUAGAGCUAGAACCAAUUAGCCCUCAGAGUCUUGUUUCUAAAUUUUGGUCCGAUUAUCAUUCCCAAGCUCCUCGUAAAGUCAUUUCUGUAUUACCUCCCAUACUUUACGAGUCACUUGCAGACAGCGAAUUGCCUUCUCCUACGCCCAAAGCCUUGAGUUACGAAGAAGCCGCCCAACAAUGCCGAUCUGAUGUUUGGGCUAUUAUCAAAGAGUGCGAGCGAACCAACAACAAAUUCAGUGACCCGGAAUUUGAUAUUGAGAAAGAUUUCGCCAGCUACGACCACAAUUGCCUAUUCGGCAUUGAAAGAGCCUGUGAUGAUGAUGACGAGGAACAAUGCGCAAAACCACGCUCGGUUCAUCGUAUACCGUGGAUUUUUGAAAACCCCGAAUUUGUUGCUAAUGACUUCAUCUCGGAUAUCAAACAAGGAACCUGCGGCAACUGUUGGUGGCUUGCAGCACUGGCAUCUGUACGCCUUCGAAAGCAACUAAUGGAAAAGAUUUGUGUCGCUCGUGAUGAGGAUUGCGGCGUUUAUGGGUUUGUCUUUUAUCGUGACGGGGGGUGGAUCUCAACCGUGGUAGACGAUAACCUAUAUCUCACCGAAGAGGAUUUUGAUCAAGAUGUAUAUGAUGGUACAGGUAAGAGGGCUAGGCUCUAUAAGAAGCAGAAGCAGACGGGCUCUGAGGCUCUUUUCUUCUCAAAAUGCGGAGGCGCCAACGAGACCUGGGUACCGCUGCUGGAGAAGGCUUUCGCUAAGAUCCACGGGGACUAUGCAGCACUGGAUUACGGAUGGGCUGGCACAGCAGUUGAGGAUCUCACCGGUGGCGUCACUACUGUAAUCCAGGGUGACAGGGUACUUCGCAAAGAACGGCUUUGGCGUGAGCUGCUGGGUUCAGGUGAAGGGGAUUUUCUCUUCAGUCUAUCUACAGGUAGCCAAGGCAACAAGUACAGGAAUGGCCUCAUCUUAAGGCAUGACUAUUCCAUUCUCCAUGCUGUCCAGAUAGAGGACGAACUCGGAAAUACGGUGUCACUGGUUAAGAUCCGCAAUCCUUGGGGGGAAAAGAGUCCUAGCGGUCAUGGAGAAUGGGGUGGAGCGUGGUCUGACGGCUCUGAGGAGUGGACCCCUUUUAUGAUGAAGAAGCUCCGGCACAAAUUCAGAGAUGAUGGCACAUUUUGGAUGUCAUUCCAUGAUAUGCUAGAAAACUUUCGUUGGAUUUAUAGGACUCGCCUGUUUGAUAAGCGUUGGACAGCAACCCAGCGAUGGAUGAGUGUUGGUGUGCCAUGGCUGGGCGGGUACUUGAAGAAGAGAUUCAUCGUCGAAGUUCAACAAGAAGGAAUGGUGGUUCUUGUUCUCUCGCAGGUAUGUACUCUCCGGCUUCUACCAGCUUCCUAG